AUGAAUUGCACUUAUCAUCAUCAUCCAGUAACAAUGAUAUGCAUAGCUCCUCAUUAGAAUUAAUGCUAAAGGAGACUUUGCCCUGAAUGCCAAGAUGAACAUUAAGUGGAUACUCAAUAUAUAAUUUCGAUUAAAAGAUUUAAAGAAAUGGUUAAUAAGAAAUUAAAGGAAUCUAAUCUUGAUAAUUAUUGUGAAUUAAGAAAUUAAAGAACGAAUUUUAAAUCAUUGAUUUCUUAGUAUGAAACCAUGUUAAAAUAAAUUUGGGAAAAAUUAUAAGAAUCAAUAAAAUAGAUUUAUGAUGCAAUUGAGAGAGAGAAUACAUCUUAUUUGACAAUCAUGAACGAAGUGAAUCCAACAGAAUUAUCAAAUACAAAUUUUGAAAAAUUAGUUUAAAUUGUUAUAGGAAAAACAUUAGAUGUCAAAAUAGAUAUUACAAAUUCUGUUUUGGAGAGCUUGCAAAUAAUGCAGAACUAGUUGGAGCAAGAAACUAAUGCUUUUUAAGAGAAGUUGUAGAAAAAAAUGAUAGAGAAGAUAUCAAAGAUUAAAUAAGCAUCAGAAAUAAGCAUUUAACCUAUUUGGGUAACACAAUAAGGUUAUGAACGAAAAGAAGAAUUAUAUGACGUACUAGCUUAUACAAAAUAUAUUGAUGAAUAAUUCCUAAAAAGGAUUAUCGAGAAGAUUAGGAAAGCGAAAAUUACAGAUUGUAUAGAAUUUCUUUCAAAUCUUAGUAAAAAAAGCAAUAUAAAUUAAUCAUAGAGAAAUUUUAUCAUUAAUAUAAUUAAAAAUAUUAGUGAAAUUUGUUUUAAUAAGAAAAACUAUUCAUCUGAAAAUUAUUAAGAAAUUAAAAAGGACUUAAUUAAAUAAAUAGCAGGUGAAGAGAAAAUAGUCUAAUUUCUGAAGUUUCUUGUUCAACUGACAGCCUUUGAUGAGAAAUUUAUUCAAUCUGGGUCCAAUUCCCUCAAUUUAUUAGUAGAGAUGAAAGUAAAUGUGAAAGAACAAAACUUUGAAAAUAUCAGGAUUAAGGAUAGUUCUUUGGUUGGUGGUAAUUUUGCAAGAUGUAAUUUUAAUGGGUCUCAUUUUGAUAAUGUUGAUAUUAGUGGAGUAAACUUCAAUUAAGCUUAAUUAUUUAAUUGUAAAUGGAGAAAUAUAAAAAUACAUGAGUUAAAUAAAUUAGAUGGUCAUUCAAGUUAUGUUUAAUCAGUCUGUUUCUCUCCUGAUGGUACUACAUUGGCAUCUGGUAGCUAUGAUGGCUCUAUUCGUUUUUGGGAUGUUAAGACAGGAUAAUAAAAAGCCAAAUUAGAUGGUCAUGAUGACAAUCAAUCUCCUUUUGUUUAUUAAAUAUGUUUCUCUCCUGAUGGUACUACAUUAGCAUCUGGAAGUUAAGAUAGUUCUAUCACUUUAUGGGAUGUUAAGACCUGUUCAUAAAUAGGCAAAUUACAAGGUCAUCGUGAUUCAGUUUAUUCAGUCUGUUUCUCUCCAGAUGGUAUGACAUUAGCAUCUGGAAGUUAAGAUAAGUCUAUUUGUUUAUGGGAUGCUAAGACAGGAUAAUAAAAAUGCAAAUUAAAAGAUCAAGAACAAUAUGUUUAUUCAGUUUGUUUCUCCCCUGAUGGUACUACAUUAGCAUCUGGAAGUGGAGAAUGUUCUGUUCUCCUAUGGGAUGUUAAAACAGGACAAUAAAAAGCCAAGCUAGAUGGCCAUACGGAGUCCGUCAUGUCAAUUUGUUUCUCUCCUGAUGGUACUAUAUUAGCAUCUGGCGGUGAUGAUUUGUCUAUCCUUUUAUGGGAUGUAUAUACAGGGAAAAUAAAAGCCAAAUAUAAUGGUCAUCUUAAAUCAGUUUAGUCAGUCUGUUUCUCUUCUGAUGGUACUAUAUUAGCAUCUGGAAGUUCAGAUAAUUCUAUUCGUUUAUGGGAUGUUCAGACAGGUUAAUUAGAAGCCUGUUUAGAAGUUCAUAGUGAUUAUGUCAUGUCAGUAUGCUUCUCUCAUGUUCAAAACAUAUUAGCAUCUGGUAGUUCCGAUAAAUCUAUUCGUAUAUGGGAUGUUAAAACAAGAUAAUAACAAGCUGAGUUAAUAGUUCAUAAGUAGUAUAUUACAUCGGUAUGUGUCUCUCCUGAUGGUUCUACAUUAGCAACUAUUAGUGGUGAUCAGCCUAAGGGCUUAUGGGAUGUACAAUCAGGAUAACAAAUCCUGCCUUCUGAUUAGCGCUACAAAGAUACUCUUGCUUAAUUUAAACCACCCAUGUUUAACUAUAAACUUCUACCAGAAAGCGGUAUUUUUUUAUAAAAUUCUUUAGCUAUUUCUACUUUAAAUAUUCUCAAAAUUUCUUAAAAGCCCAUAUUAGAAGCCAAAGCAGCAUUAAUCUUUUAAGGAGAAUUUCUAAAUUCCAAAGGUGAAGAUUAAAGAUCAUUGUUUAAGGGAAGUUUUAUUUUAGAAAACUAUAUUGAAUCAAACUCUUAAGAAUAUUGAAC